AUGGAUCCCUUGAGCGUGAUUGCGUCUGUAGCGGGGAUCGCGACCGCCGCAGGUGAGGUCGUCAAAAUUCUCCGCCCAUAUACAACUGCAGCAAAAGACGCCCCCGUGAUUGCGGCUGAGGUCUCCUCUGAAGCUCUUGCGACACAAACUAUCAUUAUUGGGCUAGAACAGCUCAUCAGCAACUUCUCCGCGGCUAAUGUGAGAUACGCGUCACUGAUCCAGGUGGAUCAGCUAACGGCAGUCCUUUUCGAUGGAGUCAAGAUAUUUUCCGAGCUUUUAGCAGUGCUACAGACGCUACCGCCUCUUGAACUCAGUAGCCCUGGAGGGAGCCUGUGGACGCCGAUCCAGUGGGUUAGGAAGAAGAGUUCUUUGACUGCCAUGCUUCAUAAGCUGCAGGCUUUCAAGUCGUCUAUUGUCUGCAUUUUGAGUAUUCUCCAGAGCGAUUCUCUAGCUAGAGCUGAAGAAAGUCAGCAGCAGUUAAUUGCAGCAGUGAACAUGCUGCUCAGAGACAAUACUGAUCUAUCUAGGAGGAUGAUGGGCAUAGAAAACACUAUCGAUACAAGCCGAGCAACAAUCCAGUUCACAAGAGAUAUAGAUGUCCAGGGAUGGAAGAGUACGUCAUCUCGGCGGUCUUCUGUCUUCGAAUUUGACUUUGAGCAUGAUCUAAAAUUAUCUCGUGUUUACCGGCAAGCAAAGAGAGAUACCAUGGACUUUUCAGCACGAAGUUCUGUUGCUCGCACCCACGCAUGGUCGAGCUUAUCCGGAAUCAGUCUGAGCGACAUAUCUGACAUCUCCGUUCUAGCACUUCCGUUGUAUGUUGAGGACAUCUCGAAUCCGCAGCAUUACAAUUUUGGGCAAGAAAGUAUCCAGCCUACAACUUUACUCGUUCCAACUAUCCUUACGAGAUCUAUCUACCAUGACUGUAUCGAAGUGCAACUUCAGUUAACGCAGUUUAACUGGUUCUUGCAAUUCCAGCAGCGGAAAUCCUCCCACGAUGAAAAUCCACUGUCAAAUCUAAUCUCUAUAUUUAGGCUCGGGAUUCCACUGUUGAUGCUAUUCGAUCAACUCGACUGUUCAAAUCACGAAAGAUGGAAACACUUAAUCGCGUCGAAUCCAUCCGACGAGGUAUCAAAGCUUGCGAUAACAGAGUUUGUUAAGGCUUGCACGAAAUGCCCGUCUAUCCCCACAUUUCAGCUCGUCACUGAUACCGACAUUCUACUCGAUGAUACAACAUGUCAUGUGAAGAAGGUUAUCAGCCUAGUGCGGCUCCUUUUGGCGAGCCUAACCAAAGCCGGUAUGGUUCAAGCGAUCGUAUUUGAAUCUGCUCCGAAUGUAUUUGCCGUAAAGCCUAACCCCGUAAGUUUGGCCGUGGAUGCAUUCCUCUGCGAUGAGAGGCUCUAUCUCAAACAUUUGGAAACCCUUUUCGAAAAUGUCAAGGAGAUCAGAUCGUUCCACAACCUUCCCACAGAUACUUUUGAGCCCUUGUUUGCGCCCAUCGGCCCACUCGUCCAUGUUCAAAGAAAGUUUUUGAUAAUAGCAGAAAUGUUGGCUUCGAAACCGUACUCACAGCAAAAUUGGCAAUUGCCUUUCCGGGAAUUGGCAUUACAUUCGAGCCCUUAUUAUGCCGCUCUCAUCACGGGCCAAGCAGAGUGUAAAUCAAUGGUCAGAGCUGCAUUCUCAUUGGCCGAUGUUCAGGAUGUUGAGCGUCAGGGAGUAUUAGGCGACGUUCUAACAAUACUGGGCCUUCCCUCUCAGCAACUAGAUAAAUACGAUGCCUUCCUCAAAGAAAUUGCUCGAUAUGGACUUCAUAAACCUGAUCACAUAGACUCAGCAAAGAGUUGUCUAAAAUGGGUUAAACAGGCUGUUGACAAGUCCAAUAGAACUCAGGAGCUCAAUCGUGCUAAAGCUACACUGUCUAAAGACCAAGAUUAUGAGACAAAUAAGGUCAUUUUGGGACUAGGCAAACUCUUGUUGUUUGACAAAGUGGAUAUAAUGGAAACCAGACAAGAAAAGAUCCAGCUCUAUCUCUUUCAAAAGGGGAUUGUACAAGCAGUAGAAUCGUUCCCAAGCGGCCGACGAAGAGGUAUGCUGGGAUAUGGGAAGCCUUCACCUCCGGAAGGACUCAGAACCCGGCUUUCCAUUACUCGAAUCAUUCCUGCAAAGAAUCUCAAUCAAGUACAACGAGUACAUAUAUCACCUAAACAAGAAUUCAACGGUUGCGAAAUCAAGUGGAUGAACGAUGACACAGAAUGCCGUAUCUGCUUUACUCUUGGUUCUGAAACAAGGAUUACAGAAUGGAUACAUCAAGCCGAAAGAGUAAAGCGUCAGAAUCAACCCUAUGUCCCCCCUUACAGGUUCCAGGACAAAAUCCAGUCAGAAUACCCAUUGGUGUUGCUGGGUGCAGGUGGAUGUGGUAAAAGUGAUCUUACUAUUCAAUUUGUGAAGCCCUAUUCUUGCGAUCAAUUUGACCCCUCCAAGAAAGACACAUAUCAUAGAUCAUGUCUCAUCGACAAUGAGAUUGCUUCCAUCGACGUGAUUGACACAACUGGGCAAGAAGUGUAUUCUACACUGUUACAGCAAUAUAUGAGAGAAGGAGAAGGCUUUAUGCUAGUUUACAGUGUCACGAGCCGUCGGAGCUUCGAAGAAAUCACCCCUUACUAUCAUCAGAUUUUCAGGCAGAAGGACAAGGAUCACUUCCCGAUGGUCAUGGUUGGUAUUAGGUGCUCCCGUGAUUCGUUGAGAGAAGUGGCAACUCAGGAAGGUGAAUCCUUAGCAAAAGAUCUUGGUUGCAAAUUCGUCGAAUUAGACACUGAGUCUAUUUUUCAAGUCGAUGCAGCGUUCUUCGACUUAGUACGGGAGGUUCGACGGCACCGCCGUGAGAUGCUCGAGUAUUAG